GCUUUCGUGUCUCUUUCGAUGAGUCCCUCUGAGAGGUGGGCUGGUUGAACACGCCUGAAUGGAGAAGUGAAGUGCUAAAGAAGCUGACGAUGGAACUGAGCUGGCUGGUCGAAGGGAUCGUGCUAUUAGCGACUGCAGGGCUGGCUCUGAACUAUGUCUUUCUGGUUGCACUGAGGUAUGUUAAAAAGUAUGGUAGUGACAAAGUGAGAGUGCUCACUCUAGUGAGGAAUCGUGGAAAGGGAGCAGCUGUUAGAAUGGGUGUAUUUUAUUCACGAGGAAAAAGAAUAUUGAUGGCAGAUGCUGAUGGAGCUACAAAAUUUAAAGAUAUUGAAAAAGUAGAAAAAGGUCUUGAGAGUCUCCAACCCUGGCCUGAAAUGAUGGCUAUUGCCUGUGGUUCACGUGCUCACUUAGAGAAAGAUUCCAUAGCACAGCGUUCAUACUUCCGAACCUUUCUAAUGCAUGGAUUCCACUUUCUAGUCAGAUUCCUUUGUGUUAAGGAUAUCAGAGACACGCAGUGUGGUUUUAAACUCUUGACCAGGGAGGCUGCUUCUCGAACUUUUUCAGUUCUUCAUAUAGAACGUUGGGCUUUUGAUGUGGAACUUCUUUACAUAGCUCAAAGUUUUAAAAUCCCAAUAUCAGAGAUUGCUGUCAAUUGGACAGAAAUUGAAGGUUCUAAGUUGGUUCCCUUCUGGAGUUGGUUGCAGAUGGGAAGGGACCUGCUUUUUAUACGACUACGAUACCUGACAGGUGCUUGGAAACUUGACACCACAAAAUGGAAUUAAUGUAUUCAUCACCAAAGGAUUGUUUUGAUAAAUAUAUAUAUGGUUUUUUUUCAACAGUAUAAAUUAAAGAGAGAAAUGGAUCAUACAUUUCAAUUUUUUUCUGAAUUUUCUUCAAUGGUCAAAAAUACAGCUUUUUUUCAGUCUUUUUCCUUUCAAAUAUUGAAAUCAAUCUUUUUCAAACUUUUGUUUUCCAUUUGUACAAAAUAUAGUUGGAAAUUGAAUUUUAGAAAAUGGCAUUUCACUCUGGAUUGCUAUUUUCUACAAAAUCUACAAAAUAUUUUCUACAAAAAAGCAAAUAUAACCAUAGAAAUAUGUGUAUAAAUAAUAGCAUCAUAGCAAUAAUAGCAUAAAUAAUAGCAUCAGUUUCUGAAAGUACUGUAAUACUGUACAGAAGUUAUUGCAGUCAGUUAUUUUGCAAUUCCUUGAUUUUUGCAAAAGAAUAUUCAGAAAUUGAAGUUUUCCAUUAAAUUCAAUAUAAAAUUG